AUGAAUAAAUGGAUAUUUAGUUUAAUUUGUAUCGUCGUGUAUGCCAUUUUGGAUGUAUCAAUACAUUGCUCCGAACAGAAAGUAUCUGGUGUAGGAAGUAGAAGCAUUCGUGGUAUCAAAAAAAUGAACAAGAGUAACGAAAAAAUUGGUACAAAAUUUAAAUGCAGAACCCAAUUAAAGAAUAACAAUCCUAAAAAUUAUAAAGACAACAAAAUCAGUGAUGGCUAUGGAGAAAUGCACCAUAUUUUCUUUUGUUGUUUCUUUAUACCUAAAGAAUAUGAUUAG